AUGCUACCAUGCUCACAGAAGUAUUUGCUAUACCAAGUGACAUUGUAAUAGGAUUAUAUUUAGUUUCAUUACCUAAUCCAGAAUUUUCAUUUUUGCAAGAAAAUUUAGGAAAUUCUUUACUGAAAAUUGAAAAACUGAAAGAGUUGACUUUAAGAACAAAAAAGACAGAUACUUGUGUUUCUGAUAUAAGUGAUUCUGAUGGAAGGCCUCUCAAACGGAUAUGUAUAGAGAUAUCUAGUGCUGGGUUUAUACGUUCAAUGAAUUUAGCUGCAAGGCAGUCAUCUUUCCUAGAAUUGACAUUUGGAAUAUCUAUGCUAGCAGAUCCAAACACCUUUGAUCUAACGGUUCUACCCUUAUUUGAAUGGAAGUCAUGGAAAUUUAUUUGGUACAGAAAAAAUAACAGUUUAACACUUAGAUCUAAUCAUUAUGAUGAAUUUUUUGCUGAACACUUAGGUGUCAUGAGCAGCAAAAUACAAUUAAGUUCUUUUACCUUACUUACAUAUUAUAAAAAAAAUAUUUAUUACUUGUCAUGCAAAGUUACAGUAUACUCCAAGUCAGAGACAUCUAACCUAAGCGAUUUUAUUAAAGUUAUCAAUGACUACAAUUCUUAUAUUGAGAGAAUUCCACUUGAUUUAGAUAAACAGCUGUUCAACAGAACAUUUGAGCACCAUACUGUAACCAGAAAAUGUCAUAAAAUUCUUCUCACACAUUCAGAUAAUUCAACAUUAAUUACUGUGACGAUUGUAAAAUGACAUGCAAUUAGAAUAUACUCUGGACCAGUGCCAUUCAAUCUAAACAGGAGUUUCAAUAACUAUAUGGAUUAUUAAUUAUAAUAGUAGUGUGUUCUCAUGCUUUUUAAAUUUCAUUCAUAUUAUUAUUAUUAUUAAUUAGUAGUGAUGUGUUCUCUAGAUACAAAUCUAUAGUAAAUGUUUCCAAAUUUAUUAAUAUUUUGUCUUAAUAUUGCCUUCAAUGUA